AGAUGACAAAAAAAUUGAUUGUACAUCCUCAAAAAAAGAUAAAAAAAACAUUCUUUAAAUGUGAUUAUGGUUGCCAGUUUGUGGUCCACAAUUACGCCACCCUCCUGUUAUUUGUGGCGUAAUUUAAAUACAUUUUAUAUUCCAACACCAAAAUACAUUUUUAAUAAAUAAAUCUGAAGUUCCAACAAUAAUAGGAAACGUACAGAAAAUUAUGCUGCAGACAUCUAAAUGAGUGUUUUCUUGGUUUGUAGUCAAACAGACUGAACAAAUAUUUUUAUCUGGCUUUGUGGCUACCUGAGGGGGACUUAUGCGGGUUGAAGUUGGCAAUAAACCUUGACAUUCAACACACUGCAACAAGUCCAGCCCCUCAAUACAGAGAAGGAAACGGAUUGCUUAUCUGACGACUUGCCCGUGAUAAGGUUCGCACCUCUGUGUUUGGCGUCUCGGGUUUCAAGACAAAUCCUGUAUCCUGUAGUUGUUUUUUUUUCUACACAAAGUCUACACAGUCAGCGUGGAUGGACGUACAGUACAGCUGUGACAUGACAAAGGAUCUACAGUGUUGCAUUGGAGCAGUAAAGAAAGACUUGUAGUAUCUGAAGAAUGAACAACAGCCAGCAGGAAGUAACAGACAUCCAGGAAACAGAGCUUGGGGGUGGUGCCCCGUCCAGACAGAAGAGGAUCAUCUACUUCUCCAACGGUGAAACUUUGGAGGAGGAAGACAGCGAGGAGGAGGAGGAGGAGGAAGAGGAAGAGGAGCAGUCACCAAACAGAGGCCCCUUCAGAGAACCUGCAGAGAGGUCCUCCAAGACUCGGUUCUCAUUCAAGAAUGUGGCCUUUCUGGUCGGGAGGAUGUCACUGAUGAUUUGUGAUUUCCUUGGAGAGAGAGCAGCUGGUGCGCUUGGACUGAACGCAGCCAAAUACCAGUACGCCAUUGAUCAGUAUCAGCGUGAUCACAAGACAACAACAAGCAGCCAAACCACAAAUGGCCAAAUGAAAGGACAGGCAGAGACAACCCACCUCUCUCCUGGACUGGAUGGGAGUCCUUAUGGGGCUACAGCGGAUACAAGACACCCCGCUGAUCCCCAAAAGAGCUGCGAUGAGAAAUGUAUGGACAGAAAUGAAGGACGUCACAACAGAGCCUAUGAAGCAGAUGAGGAGUGAAAAUAAAGCACAUCAGGUCCAUUGUGUGUCAGAAAUAAUGCAUGAUUCUUACAAAGUAUGGUGGGCUUGUUUGUAUAGUAUGGUAAUGUUACACCAGAAAUAUGUGAUUUCAGUGUGUGGCGAAUGGUACAAUAUUGCAAUGUUGUUUAUGUAAUAAAAAUAAAUUGAUUAUCAUGUCAUACAUGUGUACACAGAGAAACGACUAACUUUUAGGAGGCUUAUGCUGCUGUUUGCUGUUAAUAUCGACAUAGGACAAUAAAAUU